AUGUCUGCUCUACCAACCCUCCUCAACCUCCUCUUCGCUGCCGUCGUGCUCUGCGUCGCCCCAUCCCUCGCCUACCAACCUCUCUCCGACACCCAACUCAAAGCCAUCCCCGCUCCCCUCAAUUCCGACUUCGACAUCAAAACCGGCGCGCUCCUCGCCCCGAUCCUGAUCCCUCGCGUCCCCGGCACUCCAGGACAGGCCAAAGUCCAGAAACACUUUGUCGACUUUUUCUCGCGCGAAUUGCCCGAAUGGGAGAUUUCGUGGCAGAACUCAACAGCCACCACUCCCCUCUCAGGGAAGAAGCAAAUCCCUUUUCAGAACCUGAUCUUCCGACGGGAACCACCAUGGACGAAGGAGCGAGGGCCGGGCAGGGCGGCGCUGUUGACGCUGGUGGCGCAUUAUGAUUCCAAAAUCAGUCCCGAAGGGUUCAUCGGGGCGACGGAUAGCGCGGCGCCUUGUGCGGUGUUGAUGCAUGUCGCUAGGACGGUGGAGGGGUAUUUGAAAAAGGUUUAUGAAAAAGGGGUUUCCGGGGAACUGGGGAAGGAGGGGAGGGAGGACCAAAAGAGGGAAGUGGGGGUGCAGAUAUUGUUGCUGGAUGGCGAGGAAGCAUUUAAGGAGUGGACGGAUACGGACUCGCUUUAUGGUGCUAGAUCCCUCUCCGAAGAAUGGGAAAAUACACCCUACCCGGCCCUGUCGCGCUUCGCCAACCCCAUUCGGCAAAUUGACCUCUUCGUCCUGCUCGACCUCCUCGGCUCCGCCGACCCGGGCGUGCCCUCGUACUUCCAAACCACUCACUGGGCGUACAAGAACAUGGCCACGGUUGAGGCGCGCAUGCGCGCCCUUGGACUCUUGGAAAGCAAACCCAAGGACCCGUUUCUGCCCGAAGCCGGCAAGCUCAAGGAGCAUUUUGGCAGGACGUACGUGGGCGAUGAUCACCAGCCUUUCAUGGCUAAAGGAGCGCCGGUGCUGCAUAUGAUCCCGACCCCGUUUCCGCAUGUGUGGCAUAAGAUUGAGGAUGAUGGGGAGCAUCUGGAUUUGCCCACGGUCAGGGAUUGGGCGAGGAUUGUGACGGCUUUUACUAUUGAGUAUCUGGAGGCUACGACAGGAGAGGCUGGGGCUGCUGGAGGUGGGAAGGAGGGAAAAGGGGAGGAUGCUGCUGCUGCUGCAAAGCAGGGGACUACUGAUGGGGAGGAGAAGGUUGGGGAGGAGAAGGUUAGCGACGAAUCCUUCAAUCCCCUGCGCAAGACGGUCACUAUUGGCUCUGUACUUUUCAACCGCGCCCAUACGACCCAGCAACAACCUUCGCCACAUCCUCAUUAUCUAGUUCAACACUCCUCCAUUUCUUCAACCACAGCCCAGUCGGAUCUAUCUUCGGCACUCAGAGAAGCCAUGGACGGCAGGAAACACCCAAGCUCUUUCCAGCAGCUCGAAAAGUUGGGAGAGGGUACUUAUGCUACUGUCUUCAAAGGCCGCAACCGACAGACGGGCGAGCUGGUAGCUCUCAAGGAGAUUCACCUUGACUCGGAAGAGGGAACACCGAGCACGGCAAUCCGCGAGAUCUCGCUCAUGAAAGAACUGAAGCACGAGAACAUUGUUGCUCUACACGAUGUUAUUCACACCGAGAACAAGCUUAUGUUGGUGUUCGAGUACAUGGAUGGCGAUCUCAAAAAGUUCAUGGACACCAACGGCGAAAGGGGAGCCCUGAAGCCACAUGUCAUCAAGUCCUUCAUGCAUCAGUUGCUCAAGGGUAUCGACUUCUGCCACAAGAACAGGGUCCUACAUCGAGACCUGAAGCCGCAGAACCUCCUUAUCAACAGCAAGGGCGCUCUGAAGCUGGGAGAUUUCGGUUUGGCGAGAGCAUUCGGUAUUCCAGUUAACACCUUUUCGAAUGAGGUCGUCACUCUUUGGUAUCGAGCUCCCGACGUGCUUCUUGGAAGUAGAACCUACAACACCAGCAUCGACAUUUGGUCCGCGGGAUGUAUCAUGGCUGAGAUGUUCACCGGCAGGCCCUUGUUUCCCGGCACCACUAAUGAGGAUCAGAUUGUUCGCAUUUUUAGGAUAAUGGGCACGCCGACGGAACGUACAUGGCCUGGUCUCACCUCGUUCCCCGAGUACAAGCCUAACUGGCAAAUGUAUGCGACACAGAGCCUGUCAUCUAUCUUGCCUCAAAUUGACCGCGACGGCAUCGACUUGCUUCAGCGGAUGCUCCAGUUGCGGCCCGAAUUGCGAAUUUCGGCCCACGAUGCGCUUCAACACCACUGGUUCAACGACCUGGUCCACCAACAGCAUCAUCACCAAGCGCAGCAGUCCAUGAUGCAACAGCCGCCAAUGAUGCAGCAACAGCCAAUGAUGCAGCAGCAUAGAGGCUAUGGACAGCCGCAACCCAACUACGAGGGCUACUAG